UUGAAUACAGGGAGAAGAAGUAAAACUCCACACAGACAGUAUCGAACUGUAUUUAUCAAACUGUGAGACAACAAUAUUCACUGCACAUGCCGCAUGCAAGCUUCAGGGUUGUAUAUGACACCACUCCACUCCUCCUCCCCACCUCCUGUCCCGCAGUGUGCACACACAGAGUGAAAAAGAGAGAGAGAGAGAGAUCUGCCCCCUCCGCCUACUUCCCUAGCUCCACUGCGGUAAACAGCAGACCUCCACUUGCUCUUCUCGCCUCCUGCUCGUGUUUUAAAACCGCUACACACUCGUCCCUUUUCCACACCGGCUGCCUUCUCCAGGCAUGGCAGACGGCCUUGUCCCAUCAUGGCAGUGCGACAUUACACCCUCGACUUCAAGCUCUCUGCACCAGCUGACCAUUCUGCAACUGUUCGUGGCCUGCAGUCUAUAUUUCAAGAGCAGGAAAUGACAGAAACUGUCCAUGACACAGAGGGGCAUGGAUACUUGGCCACAUUUAUUGGCAAGAAUGGCAGGUUUGCUAUCCUGAGAUUGCACUCUCAUGGUCUGGUGACGUUCGACCUGCAGUGUUGUGAAGGAGAUGAUUCAGCACAAGUGGAGAAUCUACUGAAUGCACUGGAGAAGAAACUGAAGACUCUGCUACAUGGAACUAUCCAAACGGUGAAGAGGCUCCCUGCACUGCAGCGAGGGGGUGAGGUGGACAGGUACUGGCCGACGGCUGAUGGCAGGCUCAUAGAGUACGAUAUUGAUGAAGUUGUUUUUGAUAAAGACUCAGCUUACCAGAACAUCAAAAUCCUGCACUCACACCAGUUUGGCAAUAUCCUCAUCCUCAACGGGGACGUUAAUUUAGCAGAAAGCGAUUUGGCCUACACACAGGCCAUCAUGGGCAAUGGCAGGGAGCACUAUGCUGGGAAGGAGAUUCUGAUCCUGGGUGGAGGAGACGGAGGCAUCCUUUGUGAAGCAGUCAAGCUCAAACCAAAGAUGAUCACCAUGGUGGAAAUAGACCAGAUGGUGAUUGACGCAUGUCGGAAGCACAUGAGGAAGACUUGUGGGAAUGUUCUGGAUAACUUAAAAGGGGACUGUUAUGAAGUUUUGGUAGAGGACUGUGUUCCAGUACUUAAAAAGUUUGUAGAAGAGGGAAGGACAUUUGAUUACGUCAUCAAUGAUCUAACCGCAAUCCCCAUUUCUACAGCACCUGAGGAGGAGUCAAUGUGGGAAUUCCUGAGGCUCAUUCUUGAUUUAUCAAUCAAAGUUCUACGACCUAGCGGCAAAUACUUCACCCAGGGUAACUGUGUGAAUCUCACUGAGGCACUUAGUGAGUACGAGGGGUUGCUGAGAAGACUUUCAUGCAAUGUGGGUUUCUCCAAAGAAGUGGUGUGUGUUCCCUCCUACCUAGAGCUGUGGAUAUUCUACACCAUUUGGAAGAAGUAAUGCAUAGUCCCUGCUUGCUGAAGCCUCACCCUUCGAUGCACUGAGGGGAGACAUGCACUCAUUUCUCCAUGCACUGUUUUUCCUGUCGUGCUGUGCCCUCCUUUUUUUAGAUGCCAGUUUUUAAUUUCAUUUUUGAAAUCACACAAUGAUUGUAUGUAUGUUUUUAGUUUGUUAGAUGGUUUACUGUGCGGCUGUUCUGCAUUGACUCUCUAGUGAGCACUGUGGUGCAGUGUGUAUGUGGGGGUGUGUGUGGAUUGGAUACUGCAGAUGAUGCCGAAGCCUGAAGGGUAAUUAAGCAUGUUUUCCACCUCUGAGUGCAUUGAACAAUCAGACAACAGGCUAUUUGCAUUCUGGUUUUAUGAUAAAUUAUGCUUUUUACUGUAGCUUCACUGAUCUGGUUGUGUUUUAUUUUUUUGACUUCCUAUUGUUACUGAGCUUUGAUUUGAUUUGACUCACUGGAAAGUUAAUAGCAGUGUUGAUGCUGAGGGUGCUCAAGGAGGAUCCUUUCUGUUCAAUCAUAUAUGUUAAAAGGGAAAAGGGUUCUGCAGUAGCAGAGUUCGUUCUAGAGUUCUUUUGUUGAACUGUGAAUAUUAUUUUGUUUUAGUUUUUUUUAUGAUUAGCGCCUAUUACAUUCUGACUUUAAGUUUUCUGUGUGUUAGGCACAUUUGCUUGAAGGAAAUGGCUUUUACUGACUGUGGAUCCCACAUAUUUACUUUCAUCAUCAAUAUUAAGGUGCUUCAUUGACCUUAUUUAUUUUUAUUUUAUUUCAGCAAAUACACAGUACUCUUGCUCUGAAAAUACACUGAGUUCAUCAGAGUGAUAAAGAUCUAUUAAAGAGACUUGGAGAGAACAUUUUCUGGCCUCAGACAUGUCUUUCAGAUUUGUUUUGUUUUUUUGUUUCUGAUUUUUAAAAUUGUAUAUGGUGGAGGAUUCAAUUCACCUGUUUAUGAAGAAAUGUGUUUGGAAGAGAAAAGGCAUAAUAAGGUACAAAGGAAAUUUUUAUAUUUCAUUAAAACUAUUCCCAUGACCUAGAUUGUUUCA